AUGGCGCCAAAGAAGAAUAACACAAAGAAGGAGAUGAAGCGUAAGGAAUUAACGGAGGAGGACAUGCUUCGUCUCGGCAUGACGCCAGAGGACAUCCGGCGCAUUCUGGAGGAGCGCGGCAAAUCGAGCGAGGACAAGCAAGCGGAGCAAGCCCGCGAGGAGGCUCAGCGCCGCGAGGCCGAGGCCCGCCUGCGCCAGCAGCGCGAUCACCAGAAGCAGGUGGAGAGCAUAGUGACCGAGGAAACCACCACACGGGCAACACUCCGCUACAACGAGGACCAGGAGUGGACACAAAUGGAGUCUUGUGAGCUGACGCCGGCGAAGCAGAAGAUCCUGCGCCACGUUGCCGUGAUGGAGGCGCAGCGCCGAGCCGAGGAGGCGAAGCGGCGCCAGGCUGAGGAGCUCGCGGCGUACCAGGCGAGGCUGCAGAGCAUGUCAGACGAGCAGCGCGCCGCCUUCUUGGAAGAGGAGAAAGAGAAGGAGAAGCGCCGCAUCGAGGACAUCGUUGCGUCGGAAGAGAAGCGUAUGGAGCGCGAGCGCCGCCGCGAGGCCCGUCGUAAGGCCCGCAAGGAGCGUCUCCUGAACAAUGAGAAUGUCGACGACCUCCUCUCCAGCGAUGACGAAGAGCCUAAGGGCAAAGGCGCAAAGAAGGGAAAAGAGUCGGCCAUCGAUGAGCUAGAGUUUAACCUACAUGAGAAGUACCUGUGA